ACACCCCAUGUACAUGAGGUACACAAAUCCAUAAUGUCAACAUGAGAAGUUUUUCAGGUCCAUAAUAAAAUGUCUCGAUUUCUUUUAAACAGCUUUGUCCGGGCGUAUUGCACGGGAGGCAGAAAUGGCAAGAAGCCACCGAUCAAGUUGCCAAAGCCAGGACACUACAAAAGUCCAUGGGGGGUCAUCAAAAAGGAGUUGGAAGGGAAGGUUGACCUUGAACAUGGCUAUCCAGUUGAAUCCGACAUCACGAUCAUCGGGGGAGGAAUCGUUGGCUCAGCCGUGGCAUAUUUUCUGAAGCAGAGAAGUCCUGAAGGGUACACAGUCACAGUUAUUGAAAAAGACACAAAAUAUACACAAUGUUCAACCGUCCUGUCCGUUGGUGGCAUCCGUCAACAGUUCUCCAUCCCAGAGAAUAUCCAAAUGUCAAUGUUUGGGGCAGAUUUCCUCCGAAAUAUCAAGCAACACCUUAGCGUGUUUGAUAUGGACCCACCAGAUGUCCAAUUCAAUCCUCAGGGCUACUUGUUCUUGGCCACUAAGGCUGGCGCUGAUUGCUUGGAGAAGAAUUACAAACUUCAAAGGGAAAUGGGUGCAGCAGUUGAGUUCAUGUCCGCGGAACAACUGAAGGGAAAAUGGCCGUGGUUGAACACAGAUGAUAUAGAGGCUGGCACCUAUGGCAUAGAAAACGAAGGAUGGUUUGACCCAUGGUGCCUGCUGACUUCCUUCAAACGUAAAGCCCAGUCUCUUGGGGUCAAGUACAUCCAAGGCGAGGUGACAGGUUUUGAGUUCCUCUCAGACAGGGAGCAUGUGGUCGGAGGGAAAAUUGAGGAGAAGAAGGUGCUCAGAUAUGUCAAUGUUUUGUCGCCAGAAAAUGAGAUUCAUCCAAUUUCCACCGCUUUUGUCAUCAAUGCUGCUGGACACUCUGCUGGAAAGAUUGCAGAACUGGCAGGCAUCGGCACGGGUGAAGGGAUAUUUCAGCUACCGCUCCCAGUGGAAGCAAGGAAACGUUUUGUGUACUCCUGGCAUGCUCCUAAAGGACCUGGCCUAAGCACUCCCAUGGUGAUCGACCCGACAGGCGUCUAUUUUCGGAAAGAGGGACUCGGUGGACAUUUCAUCGGCAGCUCGUCUCCAAAAGUACCAAUUCCUGAAACACCUCAAUCGUCAGAGGAAGAACCACCCACCGACACGUUAGAUGUUGAUUAUGAAUUUUUCAACAACGACAUUUGGCCCAUACUCGCACACAGAGUGAAAGGCUUCGAAGAGAUAAAGGUUAAAAGUGCCUGGGCCGGUUACUACGACUACAACUACAUGGACGAAAACCUAAUCAUUGGGAGUCACCCGUACUUCACCAACUUUUUGUUUUGUAACGGAUCGAGUGGACAUGGACUCCAACACGCACCAGCAAUUGGACGUGCAGUCAUGGAAUUGAUAUACGAUGGGGAUUAUCAAAGUAUCGAUUUAUCUUGCUUCAGAUUCGAUAGGUUCAUUGACAAUAAGCCAAUGUUUGAGACUAAUAUUGUGUGAUGAGUUGCUCAAAGUUUUGAAAGGUGACUUUUUGUGGAAGCCAGCUGGAACAGGGACACAAACAGUACAGUAGAACCUCUCUGAUAAGCACACCGUCGGGACUGGCAAGUGCUGUCCUUGAUAGGGAAGUGUCGUGAUCUCUAAUGCGUUAACUGUUUAAUUUUGGCAGCCGAAGCAGAUUGUAGUGUACUGUGAAACGAUGUUUCAAAUAUGUAACGAAUGGCGUAGACCUUUGUAGGAGGCUAUGUUGAAUGAUUAUAAUGAAAUACAUGUAGAAUGACUAAGAGAUGAA